AAGCAGCCCCUAAACUCUUAAUUUUUUUCAUUCCGACUUCACCGGCAGUGGAGCGGCCGACGCAACACCCAAAUCCUCACCGCGGCCGAAAAUCUGUUCAAAUUACCGGAGAGACAGAGCUCUCCUCGGGCAUCGUCGGCUUGUUUGUAGAAUGAUGGCCGCGUUUUCUUCUUCUGCGCCUCUUGCCUCCUUCACAAAAAGCAAAUCUCGCCCACCUUCCAGUAAAGCCCGCAGCAAUCCAGCCUUCACUUUCAAUUUCUUAAGGAUUUCAAAUAAAACUCAUCUCAAAUUUGCUACAUCUCCACUGAAAUCCCUACCGUCCGUCAAGCACAAAACCCCCAGUUUCACCAUCAAAUCCCUUUUCACUGGCAUCGUUGAGGAGAUGGGCCAAAUCCAACACUUGGGUCCUAACCGCGAGGGCGGCUACGAACUUCGGAUCGCAGCAAAAACAGUUCUUGGAGGCGUCCAACUAGGCGACAGCAUCUCCGUGAACGGGACUUGUCUCACCGUCACGGCGUUUGAUCCCGUAGCGUCCCAAUUUUCCGUGGGUCUCUCGCCGGAAACUCUUCGGAAAACUUCCCUCGGUGAACUCGGCCCUGGGUCGCCUGUCAAUCUGGAGCGGGCGCUGCAGCCUACCUCGAGGAUGGGCGGACACUUCGUGCAGGGCCACGUUGAUGGGACUGGUGAAAUUGUGAAGUUUGAGCCGGAGGGGGAUUCUAUCUGGGUGAAGGUGAAGACUUCGCCGGAGCUGCUCCGCUAUAUUGUGCCGAAGGGGUUUAUAACUGUAGACGGAACGAGCUUAACGGUAGUUCAAGUUUAUGAUGAGGAUGACUGCUUUGAUUUUAUGCUGGUGGCUUACACACAGCAGAAGGUGGCCAUUCCUACGAAAAAGGUGGGAGAUAAGGUUAAUUUGGAGGUGGACAUACUCGGGAAGUAUGUGGAGAAGCUACUAAGGAGCGGCAUUGGAUCUGGUGUUGCUUUGGAUUCUUCCUGAUUUUGAAAAGAAGGAUUGAUUUGAGAAUAUGAAACAGAAGAGAAAGGUCUAUCAAAAUGGGGUGCUGGAGCUUUGUAGUUCAAGUGGCAAGGUAUGAAGUUCAAUUCCUCCAAUGGUUAUCCAAGCUAAAUUAUCUUUGGUAAUAUUAUUACUAUAUUAUGGUUGAGAGUUUCUGGUACUAUAACUUUGACCUUAAAAGUCUCUUGUAUGUAGUAAGCUAUAAGUGACUGUAAAAGGUUCUAUGUUUUGCUUGUAAAUAUUGCCUGUUA